AUGGCCACUUCUCCUUCUUCAAAGCAUGAGAGGGACCACUGGGAUAACCUGGACCUGUUAGAUAAGACGCUGAUAUUCAAAACUGGCAACGGACCACUAUACUAUGACCCGAGACAAUUCGAGUAUAUUUUUUUCAUGUCAAGCAUCAAAAAGGUCAAACUCAUGAUCCCCGAGCCUAAAAAUGAAUGGUUUUCACGACGUUACAACAAUCAGCCAGAGUCAUAUUCAAAGUUGACUCAUCUCUGCCUGCAGGAAAGCGAGUUGACGCCAUCAUCUUUGAGUCACCUCCUGCGCUUGACUCCCAGUCUCCGCGAAUUGAAGUACGACCAUUUGAUCAACAUCAAUCAAGGGGGCGAGAGUAUGCGGUACUUCCAAUGUGCUGAUAUGGAUACGGCUCUCCAGCCGGUGCUGCCAUGCUUAGAGCGCCUAUGUAUCAAUGUUGAUUUCUUCACCGCUGAAGCCGUUGAUUUGGGCUGGGGUUAUUACUGGGGCAUCCGAGGCACAUUGACGUGCCUUGCCAAGUGUUCAUGUCUGGCUUAUCUCGAGAUACCAAUUGUACUUCUUCUAGGUUGGACACCCCUCACCAUAGGUGGAGACAAUCAGCUUGCCGCCGUCUUGCCACUAUCCCUCAGACAUCUAACACUUACAACUGCUUUCGAAAUUUUUGAGUGCAACGAGUGGACACGAACAAGACUAUAUCGCUGUGUUGGUGAUUAUGUUCAAACUAUCACAGCUUCCGCUAGUUUGCAUGUGCCCAAGUAUCUAGAAAAAAUCACUCUCAAAUGCUAUCAUACCGGACUUGAUCCGGACCACGAACUUGUCUUGUCUAGAUUGAAGGAUAUCUGCGUUGAAGGUGAUAUAGGCCUAGAUAUUCGUGAAUAUAAAUUGUGA